GGUCACCGGUUUCGAUCGGAUGUGGUCUCACAAAACCGGAUGGCGUUUGUGUAGAGGAAGUUUUUGUUUUUCGAGUUUUCCGUCCGUUUCGACUGACUUGGGGCUUAACUAAUACGCUUGAAAGAACACGAAAUUAUGUUACCAUAAGCUGUCAUUCGGGUAGCCGCUGUAAAGUGAAAAUAAAUAUUUGAGCAAAGCGACCGAACCCAGUAACUCGAGAUCAUCUCGCUGCUAAGCGAACAUUACCCAGCUAGUUAGCACGGUAAGCCUCCGGUCUGCGUUGUGAAGGGCUCUCCGAGCUAACGAAGCCAUGGGGAACCGGGGUAUGGAAGAUCUCAUCCCCCUGAUCAACAAGCUUCAAGACGCUUUCAGCUCUAUUGGUCAGAGUGUCAAUUUAGACCUUCCUCAGAUCGCUGUGGUCGGUGGACAAAGCGCCGGAAAAAGCUCUGUCCUGGAAAAUUUUGUUGGCAGGGACUUUCUUCCUCGAGGAUCAGGCAUUGUUACUCGCAGACCUCUCAUUUUGCAGCUGGUCAAUAAUAUAGCAGAAUAUGCCGAAUUCCUGCACUGCAAAGGAAAGAAGUUUGUGGAUUUUGAUGAAGUGCGGGCAGAAAUCGAGGCAGAAACUGACAGAAUCACAGGAUCGAAUAAAGGCAUUUCUCCCAUCCCCAUUAACCUGAGGGUUUAUUCACCAAAUGUCCUGAACCUGACCCUGAUCGACCUUCCGGGUAUGACCAAGGUUGCUGUUGGAGAUCAGCCAGCAGACAUUGAGUAUCAAAUCAGAGAUAUGCUGAUGCAGUUCAUUACCAAGGAGAGCUGUUUGAUCCUGGCAGUCACUCCUGCAAAUAGUGAUCUGGCUAACUCGGACGCUUUGAAGAUCGCCAAGGAGGUUGACCCACAAGGUGUGCGAACCAUCGGUGUCAUAACAAAAUUGGACCUAAUGGAUGAAGGCACUGAUGCGAGGGACAUCCUUGAAAAUAAACUGCUGCCACUGCGAAGAGGUUACAUUGGUGUUGUGAACCGGAGUCAAAAAGACAUUGAYGGGAAGAAAGACAUUCGUGCCGCUUUGGCUGCAGAGAGAAAAUUCUUUCUGUCACACCCAGCCUACAGACACAUGGCAGACCGUAUGGGCACACCACAUCUACAGAAGACGCUUAACCAGCAAUUGACCAAUCACAUCAGGGAUACGCUGCCUGGUCUGCGCAGUAAGCUGCAGAGUCAGCUCCUCUCMCUGGAAAAAGAGGUGGAAGAAUACAAGAAUUUCCGUCCAGAUGACCCAACUCGCAAGACCAAGGCAUUGUUGCAGAUGGUGCAGCAGUUUGGUGUGGACUUUGAAAAAUGCAUCGAAGGCUCCGGGGACCAGGUGGACACCAAUGAGCUGUCGGGUGGUGCCAGGAUAAACCGAAUCUUCCAUGAACGCUUCCCCUUCGAGCUAGUCAAGAUUGUGUUUGAUGAGAAGGAGUUAAGGAGGGAAAUCAGCCAUGCAAUUAAAAAUGUCCACGGCGUCAGAACGGGGCUGUUCACUCCUGACCUGGCGUUUGAGGCCAUCGUGAAAAAGCAGGUUGUUAAGCUGAAAACGCCCUGUCUCAAAUGUAUCGAUCUGGUCAUUCAGGAACUCAUCAACACAGUCAGGCAGUGCACCAACAAGCUGAAUUCCUACCCCAGACUGAGAGAGGAGACGGAGAGGAUUGUCACUACCCAUGUCAGAGAAAGAGAAGGGAAGACCAAGGAUCAGGUUCUGCUACUGAUUGACAUUGAGCUGUCCUACAUCAACACAAACCACGAGGACUUCAUAGGCUUUGCCAAUCUUGACUACAGAAGGCUGGAUGAUGGUAGUUCCCCAGGGUACAGCAACAACAGUGCUCAGCAGAGAAACGUUGCUACAAACAAGAAGAGGCCCAUGUCCAACCAGGGUGAGAUUCUGGUUAUCAGGAAAGGCUGGCUAACGCUCCAUCUCGGCAUCAUGAAAGGAGGCUCCAAAGACUUCUGGUUUGUCUUGACAGCUGAAUCCCUCUCCUGGUACAAAGAUGAGGAGGAAAAAGAAAAGAAAUACAUGCUGCCCCUGGACAACCUGAAGCUCAGAGAUGUUGAGACAAGAUUCAUGUCCACAAAGCACAUAUUUGCAAUCUUCAAUACUGAGCAGAGAAAUGUGUACAAGGAUUUUCGCCAAAUAGAACUGGCCUGUGAUUCUCAGGAGGAUGUGGACAGCUGGAAAGCAUCCUUCCUCAGGGCAGGGGUUUAUCCUGAGAAAGACCAGGUGGAGAACGAAGAGCCUUCCCCUGCAGACACAUUCUCCAUGGAUCCACAGUUGGAGCGGCAGGUGGAAACGAUUCGCAACCUGGUGGAUUCAUACGUCUGCAUCAUCAACAAAACCAUCAAAGAUCUUUUGCCCAAAACGAUCAUGCAUCUUAUGAUCAACAACUCAAAGGACUUCAUUCACUCAGAGCUGCUGGCUUAUCUUUACUCAUCUGGGGACCAAAACAGCCUCAUGGAGGAGUCAGCUGACCAGGCUCAGCGCAGAGACGAAAUGUUGCGCAUGUAUCAUGCRCUCAAGGAAGCACUGAACAUUAUUGGUGACAUCAGCGCCAACACAAUCUCCACCCCAGUUCCACCACCUGUAAACGAUACCUGGAUCCCAGAAUCCAGCCCAACCCCUCAGCACAGACCGCCUCCUGCAGCAACCCAGCCCCCCAGUCGUCCACCUGCUGUUAGGGGCCCAACACCAGGGCCGCCUAUGAACCCCAGCCCUGCCUUUGGAGCUCCGCUCAAUCCCUCUCCCGCCUUCGGUGCACCCCCUAUCCCCUCUCGGCCCGGCCCACCUGCCAAUGCCUUCAACAGCGGUCAGGAUCCCUUCAGCGCACCCCCACAGAUCCCCUCCCGACCAGCCCGUGUCCCACCCGGUGUGCCCAGCCGAAGACCACCUGGUGCUCCGUCUCACCGGCCCACCAUUAUACGUCCUGCAGAGCCUUCCUUGCUAGACUAGACCCUUGGUCCACCUAGGCAUUCGUUUGCGUGCAAAUGUGUGCAUCUGCACGGGGGGUGGCUCGAGGGGAGGGGCUGACUUAAUGACAUGUGAAGUGCAUCGCCUAGCAUUGAGCGGUUUAUUCAGGGCAAUGUUAAUAAGUUGCUAAUACUUUCUAUAUUAAUGCACAGGACAGAGAAAGCCCCUAACCACUUGAAUAUUAUAAUUGACUGCCGUAGAAUACAAAGUAAAGCCCAGCACAUGUGUGUGAUCAGUCCACCUCUAACAGCAGGACGUAAUUUAUCAAAAUAAGUUCAAGGUUUAAAUAAAAUGUCAUAAAGUUACUUGUUUAUUAUUGUUUUAUGAAAUGGUUACCAGCAUUACAUUUCAUGCAUUAUAUAACUUAUUAACUGGUACAGGCUGGCUCUUAUCUCUUUUUCCUCACUCCUCUUUAGAUUUCUGUAUAAAACACCUCUAAACUUCUGAUGUUAUGCUGGGUUUCUGCAUAUCACUUGAUUUUAUACUGAAAACCAUUAUCAUCAUUAUUACUACGGUUGUUUUGGUGGUGUUGAGUUCUUUUCUCCCUUGAACCUUCCUUGAGUAACUGUACUUUUUAAUGAUCAUUAUAAAUUACAGCUUUAAAACAUUUUUUUUGCAAUAGAGGCAAAGCAUACAAACAUAAAGAAAAGGGUCCAUGACAUUUACCGUUUUCCUUCCUCUCAGAAUUAUUCUUGCAGAAUGAAAAGAUGUCAGCUAGACUGACCUUUUCUAAUCCAAGCACUUCUAACCGUUUAGCCUUACAGAACUCAGAACAGGGUUAUUGUAGUCUGUUGCUAGAACUCUAUGCACAAACGCCCACAAGAGGGGAAAAAACAGUUGGACUGAAGUCUGUCUGCACUUUGCUGGAAGCUUUUACCAUGAAUUCAGAGAUGCUAAUGGAUGCCUAUAAAUCCCUUCWGCUCAGUCCCAGUGAGGGUCACAGUCUUUGAUUAGACUUUAAUUCUUAGAUUAGCUGAUUUAAAUGGAGCACACAGGACAGAUUUGUCUUUAAGGGGAUGGUGAUGCUGCAGGGUGAUGAGGCGAGGACCGAUCUGGGUUUUAAGAGUAGAAAGAUGGAACUAGGUAUAGAUGUCGAUCCUCUCCGGGCUUUUCAAGAAAAUUUGUUAUUCUAGUUAUCAGUUUUACUUCCAUGUGUUUAAAGUAUCAUUGUAUAUAGCUGGCUUGUACUGAGGAGUUUCAUAUCGUCAUAGGGCUCAUAACAAAUACAUGCUAUUAUUAACCAUAAUGGGUGCAGCUCAUGUAAAAAAGCAACUAUAGUAUUCAAAUGAAAGGCAAAUUAAAAAUGUCAUUUGAUUUAUAAAAGAUAUUUCAGUUCCUCAUUCAUUAUUUAUAACCAGGGCAUUUGUCAUUUCUUUGUUUUUGGUUGCAGUUGUAACGGCUCGGUACAUUUUCCUCUUUGCUUCUCUUGGACUUUUCAUUUUGCAUCUGGUGGUGGGAGCGCUGCUUGUUCUUUACUUUUUAUUUGAUGAAUAUUAUUGUUUUUGCUCCUUGGAGUUUGAAUCGAUUAAAACUUGUUCAGGUAUUUGGGAGGGGAGGGGGUGUCAAGUUGGAAGUGAGGUUUGGUUGCUUAGAUGUCUUUUUUUAAUUUAUUUUAUUUUUUUUCUGUUUGAUCAGUAAUGGUAGUGAGUGGGUGGUGGAAAUUAUGUAUGAAUGCACAUCCUGUCUGGAGAAGCUACUUAAACUUUCCUUUAAAUAGAGGACAGCAGGUAAAUUAGAAAACCUGAAAAGACAAGAGUUCAGAAAAGUCCCAAACGCCUGAAUCUCGAGACAGAAUGUGCGUUUUUUUUUCCUCUUCUCCUGGUCUUGCUUUCAGUGAUAGAACUUGGAAUAAAUGGUUAGUUUUACAAAAACCUUGAAACUUUGGAACAAUUGCUUUUAUAGAUAUUGUUUUAUAUAUAUACAUAUAAAGCCAUACUAUUCUAAAUUUUGUAGUUCCUGCUUGUCUGUCACUUCAGCAUCUCCUGGAGAAGGUUAGAUUGUUAAAGCCUUUCAAAWAUGGAUCUGUGUGUCUGUAUCCUCCCUCCUUCCUCUUUCCCUCCCCUCUCUGAAUCAGAACGAAGGGGUUGGAAACCACCGUGCAAAAAUCUUUCUAUUUGUUUUGCAAACCCUUGUGAAGUGCCUCUGUAGCAGCUGAUUGAUUUGAAUAAAUAUGACGUGAUUUAGAAAUAAAGAGGUGUGUACAAUAAAGGGACUGGCUCUGGUG